AGUCAGCGGUUUGGAGACUGUUAUCGGCCUGUAUGGGGAAACACUCGAGAUCCCGUGCAACAAUGGAGCCAUAAAAGCAGAAGACAUCGUAAUGACUAAAUGGAAAUAUGACAAAGGAGAGGGACUUUCAGGAGACCUGCUGGUCAAGCAGAAAAACCAGAAUGUCUCAAUCAGUGCCACUGAUGGAUAUAAGGGUCGUGUGAGCAUGGCUGCAAACAUCAGCCUGCUGCUUUCUGAGGCCAAGCUGACUGACCAGCGGACUUUCACCUGCAUGGUGGUGACUAGUGAAGACAUCACAGAAUAUCCUGUCAUUGUUGUGAUCUACAAGGCACCGUCAAACCUGGAAAUUUCUGACAAAGCGGAGGAAAUAGAGAUUGGCAAGCGUACAAAGCUAGGAAAAUGUGUUGCACAGGACGCCAACCCAGCUGCAGAAAUCACAUGGUUAAAGAACAAUAAACCUCUGGUGGCUGAUGGGAAAGGGAUUUUCAUUCAAGCCUCGGUGCUGGUAGACCCCGUUACUGGCCUUACGACCACUACCUCCGAACUGGAGUAUUCGGCCGAGAAAGAAGACACGGACGCCCAAUUCACCUGCAGCACUCAGCAAGGCGUGGGUGCAGAGCUGGUGUCCUCUCCAGUGAUCUUCACUAUCACCUAUUCCACAGAGAACAUUGUCCUUGAGGUCAUUUCUCAGGAGCCUCUAGUAGAAGGAGCCAACAUGACUCUGAAGUGUGUGGCAGAUGGUAACCCAGCUCCUACCAGCUUUAACUUCCACAUUCAGGGCGAAGUGGUGAAAGUGGAAGACACAGACUCUUACACCAUCACGAAUGUCUCACGUGACAACACUGGUGAAUACAAAUGCUCGCUCAUUGACAACCCAACAAUGGAAGCAUCUGAGGACAUCACAGUCAAAUACCUAGACAUCAAUUUAAACCCCUCUGGAAAUAUCGUCAAGAGUGCCGGUGAGACCUUGGAUAUAACUCUCCAGAUUGAUGCUUCUGGGGAAUCAAAGGUCUCAUGGACAAAGAAUAAUGUUAAACUGGACAAAGAGCCCAAGUUUACCAAGGUGACUUACGCGGACUCCGGUCGCUAUGAGUGUGAAGUGUCAAUUGGGCCCCUCAGCCGGAAAGCUUCUUUUGAGCUGGUUGUCGAAGGUGCUCCAGUUAUCAGGAAGAUAUCCAGUAAGCGCGGUGAAGACGGCCAACAUGAAGUCUUGAUUUGUGAGGCUGAAGGUUCUCCAAAACCAGCUGUUUCCUGGAGCAUCAAUGGCACCUCGCUUGAUGAGAGUCCCUUCGUCAACGGAAAGAUAACACACAAGAUCGUAGUCGUGCCUACUGCAAAUAUGACUGUCUCGUGUACAGUGUCCAAUGACUUUGGCGUGGACACCAGAAUUAUAAAUGUGUCAUCCCUAUUUGAGGAUGUGAGAGUGGAUAAACAAGACCAAUUAGAGGAUAGUGACCAAACCAAGUUGGUGGUUGGAGUUGUAGUCGGCCUCCUCAUCGCAACUCUUGUUAUAGCCCUGGCAUACUGGGUCUACAUGAAGAAAUCCAAGCAAGGAAGCUGGAAGACUGGUGAAAAGGAGAACGGGUCUUCUGAGGAGGAGAAAAAGCUGGAGGAGAAAGUGGAGGAGAACAGCCAAAAAGCUGAGGUGUAAAGAAACCGCAACCAUCCUUUUGGGAAUGUGAAAGUGAGAACAUGGAACUUUUGCACAUUUCUCUCCACCUCUGUCUUUGGAAAACGAAAAAUUGAGUGUACAUUGGGAUGAAGACGGUUUGGAUUUGGUUUCAGGGAGAAUUUUACUAAAUAGCAUAUCCAAACACCCCUCCCCCACCCCACCCCUCACCCCUCAUACCCUCAGCCCUCCAUUCCU